AUGGCAUCAGGAGCCCAUCCAUCGCUGCCUAAUGAGCUCUGGAUCCAGGUCAAUACAGCAUUCAAAGAAGCAGCCGAGUCCAUAGUCCGCGAGACACAAUUGCCAGAAUUUUUGCUAUACUUCGAGCUAGGAAGAGAAAACAUCGAGGGCCCUCCUCAUUUAGUAGUCAUCGAUCGGGCUGUGAACGAUGGCCCAAUACCAGGCCUAUCCGUGAACUACAAGGACUUCGAAUUGAGCUGCAACUGGCAGAAGCUAUUUGUUUCUUUCUAUGCCGAGGAGUUCCUCUAUCGUGCCAUCAUGCCAAGAACACGGGAGAAGCGGAAGCCACUCUUAGCAGACGUGCAAGUGAAGGCCGCAAGAAGAGAGGUUUGUCCUCGCUAUCUGACGACGAAGGAGAUUAGAAAGUUUGUAAAGGAUUCUCAAACUGCCAGAAAGAUGGCCCGCAGGGCUCGUAUACGGGGGCAGUUCAAGGAAUACUAUGGUACAGAAUGGGACUUUGAUCGUGAUGGAGACCCAGCUGUGGAAAAGAAGUGCCUUAUAAUUAUCGAGAACAUGAGGCAUCCGGCCUACAUCGAGGAUUCGAGUGACGAUGCAAUCUAG